AUGUUAUUGUGGUUAAAUGGAAUGACCAAUACAUCUAUUAAACAUCCCAUGGAAAAUAUGAUGGAUGAAUACCAUACUAAUCCAACAAAUAUCAUACCACUAUUAGCAGAAGAUGAAUUUUUCAUACAAGCAAAAAAUCUCAAUCAAAAAGUGAUAGAGUUCAUUGAUGCACAUAAAAUAAGCAUUACAGAAUAACUAUUAGAUUUAAUUGUACAAUAAAUUGACCAAGUUACAGAAUCAAAUCAUGAUCAUGUUAUCAUAUUUCCAAUUCUAUCAAUUGAAUUUUUUGAACUUGAUCUUCCACCCUUAACUUAAGUGAUUCUCUAAGAAGUAUAAUAUUAAUUCUUAUACUUCUUAGACUACCAUUAAAACUCUCUUUGAAGGAUUACACAAAACUCCAGAUCAAAUCCAUGAACCACAAUGGUCAAACAUAUAAAGAUUAUUUGCACUUAUAUUAUCCAAAGAACCUAAAUAAGUAUGUUAAACAAUAUUUAAAUUGGAUUUACUCAAAUUAUUUUUAAAUCAUCUUGAAUCAGCCACUGUUAAUAGUAUACUCAUUUAGUUAUUUAAUCCUGAAAAUGGUAAUAAUGAAGAUAAAAAAUUGGAAGUACUUGAAUUAGGAUUUCGUGGUUUUGAUGUAAUGGAAGAAAUGAGUGUCCUUAAUUUUACUUAUUUAAUUCAUGAAAUUAUGACUAGAUAUUUUUCUAGUGAUUUAUGUCACAAACUUGUUUAAUUCAUAGUCAGUAAAUAAAUUAUUCAGUAAAUGUUUAAAUGUUUAAGAGCAAAUCAUGAUAAAUUAUUCCUUGCUAAAAGUUCAGCUCAUAUCUUAUCACUCAUAUCUAAUUAUUAUUCAUAUACAAUGCAAAAUAUUAAUAUUUAUGAAGAAAUUCCAAUCAAAAAAAUUAUAGAUGAAAAUCCUGAAAUUGCUUAUCAUCAUCAAUUAACUCUUGAUUUUGAAUAAACAGAUUUUAUGAAUACAUUUAUAUAAGAAAUGAAUCUAUUUGUUGAAUCAUUUAAUCAAAUAUUAGAAAAUGAUAAUAAAAGACUCAGAACUCUAAGACUUAAAUUAUUAGAAAUCUUUGAUAAUUUAACAAGAAUUUCAAAUAUUAAAUUAUGGAAACAAAUGAAUUAAUUAAAGUUAUUCAAUCAAAUUGUCUAAAUCUACUUUAAAUAUAAAAAUUCUGAUAUCUUUCAUUCAAUUUUUGAGAAACUAUUAUUAUACAUUCUCAAUAGAGCCAUUAGUGAUUUUCAUCCCUAUUGGUGUACUAUACUUAUUGAAGAUAUCAAUAUUUACACACUUGUUUCAGAAAACAUAAAAUCCAAAAAUACUAUACCUGGUUAUAUUUAUUUAUUAGCCAAUCAUCUUACAUGGUUCUAGAAAGAAUUGAAUGAUAAAUUAGUUAUUGAUGGUUCUCUUGCAAAAUACUAUUAUCAAUUAAAAAAAAUUGAAGAAGUUAUAUUACUUAAUGAUUAAUGGAGAAGAGCCAGUCCCAUAUUCAAUAUUACAUUUCAAAAGAAUUCUGUUCAAUUAGGAUCAUCACAACCAGGUAGUUCAUCAAAUAUUGCUGUUUCAUCUGAACCAGUAAUACAUAAUGCAAAUGAUUAACAAUUAAAUAAUGCUAAUGCUUAAUGUCUAUUUAAUAAAGUGAAAAAUAACUAAUCAAAUAUUGCAAGUAUUUCAGGUGAUGAACCACCUGAAUUUGAAAGUCCAGAAAAACAUGAAGAAAAAAUAUAAUAACAUUCUUAACCAGAUGAAUAUUAAUAUGAAACAAAAAAAUCACCAGAAAAAUUCAAUAUCUAAAUUUCUCCUUAAAAAAAUCAAGAUGAAUUUGUUGAAGUACCAGCAGCUCCACCUUAAAUUAUCAUUCCUUACAAUUAAGUAUAAGUAAAAGGAACAGAUUAUAAAUUUGUUGAAGGUGUUUAUUUACAACCUACUUCACCAACUAAACCUUAACAUUAAGAAUAAUAAGUUAUAUCUGAAUAAAUCAAUCUCAUAUCAAUAAAUAAAGAAGAAAAGACUCCUGAAAAGAAUUAAAAUGAGAAAAAGAAUGAUAUGAUGUCUAUUAGCUUACAAGAUUUUGUUAGACCUAUUGAUAGAGUUAAAUUCUCAAGUGAUAGUAAAUCAGAAUCAUAACAAAAUGAUAAAUUACCUAGUCCCAAUAAAAAAGUAUAAGAUGUCAUUAAAAAAUAUAAUAUGUCUAAAUCUGUUACAUUUGGAUAAGCUAAUAUGGGUAACAAUAAAUAAACUGAAAAUUUAUCAUUAUCAAGGAAGAAGUCAAUGGAAUCAUCAUUAAGACUUAAAUAAAUAGAUUAAGUAAAUAAUGAAGAAUUUAAAAUACUCAAAACUAAUAAAGAAGACACUAAAAUAUUAACAAGUGAUAAUAAAAGAAUCUUAAUGGUUGAUGAAUUAGACAAAGAACCAGAAGUUAAUUCAUUAAGAAAUAGCUUAGUUAAUUUGACUAAUAUGAGCUUUUCAAGUACUUCUAGUAAAAAAAGGACUAUUAAAUUUAAAAAAUCUAAAAAAACUUAAUCAAUUGGAUAAGAGGCUAAUCUAAAUGUUUCCAUUCCUGAAGAAUUGUAAUCAAAUAAAGGAAUAGUAUUUUCUUUAUCUAGUUCAAAUUCUUUGAGGGAUUCCUUUGUAAGUAGUUAAAGUAGCAUUACUGAGGAAAAAAAGUUUAGAUAAGCAAAUAAAAAGGAUUAAAGAUUUUUAAAUUAUAUUAGAAAUAUUAAAUGA